AUGGGUGCGUCACAAAGUCGAGGCCCCACGACUCCCCAAGGUGUCACAGGUUCAGCGCUGCAGACACAACUGGAGAAGGAAGGGAUGUUGGGAUUAGGAGGUCUGGGCAUCAUCCGCCAUAUUGUCAGCCAUCAGACACCUGGAUCCGUUAUCCGCGUCAUAUGGAACAGAGAGCAUAGCACCCUGCAACACGAGUAUCUCCUACUGCGCAUCAAAGUCCAAGAUGUAGCAGAGAUCUCAUGGGUUAGACUUGAACGAAUGGGCGACUUAGGCAAGCAAGCACCAAACAGCGAAGCGAAAUUGAUGUUUAUACCGGCACCUACUAUGUCGAGUCUUGUUCACCAUGACGACAAGACUAUACAUGAUGUCGACCUGGAAUCUUCCCCGCCAACUCUGGCGAACAUGGCCAACAUACUCUCCAUCAUCCACCAAGUGGCGUCCGACUACACCUUCCUUCACCAUAAUUGUUGGUGGUUUGCUAGACAAACCUUCACCGUUCUCUUCACUCGUUUCAUGCCUGAUGGAGCCGAAAAGAAGAGACUUCGGGGGAAGUGUAGGAUCAAGAAUCUAGAGCACGCAGAGGCACCGUAUCAUUCUGCGUGGCGUGGGCGGUUGAUCCGAGGAGGGCUGUUGCUUGUUACUGUACCUGUGUUUCCUAUUGCUUGGCCAGUCAUUAUUGUAGGAACGGCAAGCAUUUCCGGAUAUGCGAUGUUUGUUCUUUGGAAGACUUCGAGAAAGAUCGAUGCCCAGAUCGAUGAUUAUUUGCACAAUGUGGCGGACUGAUUAC